AAGGCAGAUUAAGGAAUGAAUUUAGCUUGUGGUAGACUGCAUUGCACUCCCCCUAAAAUCUCACCUUACAUCUUUUCUUUCAGGCUGCUAGUAUCUUCUGGUGCUCCUGUAUUCUGUAAUAUUCAUACAAGCGCAUCUCUUGAAGAUUCUAGAAGAUGGGAAAAGAAGAAUAGAAUUCUUUAUCUCCCACAGCAACCAGGAGAACCCCGAAGACCUGCAGAAAUAUACCACUGUCGUAGAGAUAUUAAAUACAGCAAGGACAAGAUGUGGUACCUAGCAAAAUUGAUACGGGGAAUGACCAUCGAUCAGGCAUUAGCUCAGUUGGAAUUCAAUGAUAAAAAGGGAGCAAAGGUAAUCAAAGAGGUUCUUCUGGAAGCCCAAGAAAUGGCAGUGAGAAAACAUAAUGUAGAGUUCAAAUCCAACUUACAUAUUGCUGAAUCCUUCUCUGGAAAAGGCCACUACCUCAAAAGGAUCCGCUAUCACGGAAAGGGCUUUUUUGGGAUUAUGGACAAAGUCAAGUGUCAUUACUUUGUGAAAUUAGUAGAAGGCCCUCCUCCACCCCCAGAACCACCAAAGACGGGCUUUGACCAAGCUAAGGAGUAUGUCCAGCAGCUUCGUAACCGAACCAUUAUUAACACACUUUAAUAUUCCCUGAUGUGUAAAUUAUCUUCUUUUUGAUAGUCAUGUAAAUAAAAUACAUUAUAAGAAUGUUGUAA